GAAUUGCUUGAAGGGCCCUGCCCUACAGGCAGUAAAGGCAUUCCAGGAAAAUUAUCCCAAGGCUCUUGCUCGUUUAAGUGAACGUUAUAACAAUCCUACACUAAGAUUUUUAGACACAAUAGAAUCACUAUUCAAUCUACAGCCAGUCGACAAACCGGACGGUAUUCAUCAUUAUCGUCAUUGGGUACCGGAUCAGAUAUUGCCCAAGCCCUGUUGAUAUUCAUCGUCAUCGGAAAAUGUGACCAGCAAACUCGUAACAAGUGGAAUGGGUCUCUUGACUUACGUACAUUGCCAAAUUGGGCUCACUGCACAACUAUUUUGGAACGUCAUUGUCAGUUUCUGCAAUCAAGCGGCAUUGCAUCGUAUCGAAUGGCUGAUUCUUCGAAACAAAAACACGUGUACAAGCCUAGCAAGGGAUUAUUAUUUGUUAUUACUGAUCCAACAUGCAUUGUUUGUUCCAGCUCCGACCAUAAAAUUGUGCAAUGUUCUCAGUUUCAAGACAUGAGUCCAAAACUCUCAAGUACAGAGUCGUAAAAAAUGCUGGUCUUUGCAUUAAUUGCCUUCAAUUAGGACAGCGGAUGGCUCAGUGCCCGUCUAACAAUCGUUGUCGAAGCUGCAAGCAUCGCCAUCACACUUUUCUGCAUUUUGGUCAACCGCCUGCAUCAUCAUCGUCUACAUCGCCAUCAUCCAUAGCGCAAAUAUCCUCAACAACGACUCCUGGUGCAACGCACUCGCAUAUGAAUCGAUCGCCAGGCGGACAAAUAAUUCUUGCUACUGCAAAGGUACUAGUGCGAGAUUCAUCAGGGGCGUAUAAACAAGGCAGAGCAUUGCUUGACUCAUGUUCCCAAGUCAAUUUCAUAACUGAUUAAUUCGCCCAACGGCUGCAUCUACGCCGUGAUAAGCAUCAUUUCGAAAUCCGCUGCAUAGGGGAGACCUCGACUAAAAUUAACAACUGUACAACUACUGGAAUUAACCAUAUUUGUCACCAUUUGAAGUAACACUACAGUUCUGCAUAACGGCUCACAUUGGCCUACCAGCCGGAUUGGGAAAUCGACACCUCAGAUUGGAGGUUGCCCGCGAAUACACCACUUGCGGACGAAACUUUCCACAGGUCAGGUCGGAUUGAUCUCCUUCUCGGUACCAAGGCAUUUUUCGAAUGUCUGGCUGUUGGAAAGAUUAAGCUCGGAGGCAAUUGCCAGUCCUUUAGAAAAAGUUGCUUGGAUGCGUUGUGUCUGGCAAGUAUCGUCAUCAGUCAGGUAAGCAGUCAUCAACGUGCUUGCUUUCUGUGGAGGAGUCCAUUGACAAAAAUCUUCAAUUACUGUGGAGCAUUGACGCUCUAGUAAAUUCUCCAAAGUCAAUCAAUCCAGAACAUCGGCUCUGUGAAGAUAUGUAUUCAAGGACAACACAGAUGAGUAACGGCAGGAUUGUUGUGCGUCUACCUUUCAAGGGAGAUCCAAUGUGCCUUGGCAAUUCAAGCGAUGUUGCACGUCGUCAUUUUUUGUCGCUCGAGAGGCGCCUCAGUCAGCAGCCUACUGUUUAAUCGCAAUAUGUAACCUUCAUGAAAGAAUAUGAGGAUCUUGGCCAUAUGACUUUAGUGACGAAUGCGAGAUUAAGUGAGCCACACUUUUAUAUACCUCACCAUUGUGUUUUUAGGCCCAGCAGUGCAUCAAUGAAGUUACGAGUCGUGUUUGACGCCUCGUGCACUUCAUCGUCCCAGCAUUCAUUGAAUGAUUUGCUUCUGGUUGGCCCAACACUCCAAGAAGAUCUGUAUAUACUUCUCCGUUUUCGAUUGGUUCGUUACGCCAUCACAGCGGACAUUACGAAAAUGUAUAGACAAGAUUUAGUCAGCCCAGUGGAUCGGUAAUUUCAAUAUAUAUUUUGGAGAGCAUCCCCUGAUGCUGAUUUGCAGACCCUUGAGCUAAAUACUGUGACGUGUGGAACAGCCUCGGCCCCAUACUUAGCAGUUCGUAGUUUCCAAUAUCUGGCAGAUACGCAUGUGAACGAGUUUCCCAUUGGCGCAUCCAUUGUAAAAUCAUCGUUUUAUGUUGAUGACCUGCUAAGCGGAGCAAACGAGCUCAUCGAGUUGCAGAACAUCAAACACGAGGUCACCGAGAUACUUCGCCGAGGACACUUCCCAUUGGUUAAGUGGCACUCCAAUCAUCCCGCCGUCAGGAACGACGAAUCGGUAACGGAUUUAAACUUGGAUGAAAACGCUGUCACUAGCGCACUUGGACUAGCUUGGGAUCAACGUCGUGAUGUUCUACUAUUUGAAUUUAAACCCAAAAAAUUGUAUUCAACAGUCACAAAGAGGAUUAUUCUCUCGACUGCGUCUUCUCUGUUCGAUCCAUUAGGAUUGCUGGCACCAAUCAUUAUCGUCUCGAAAAUCAUCAUACAGGAGCUAUGGCUGCUAAAACUCGCCUGGGAUGAAUCUGUUCCACAAUCACUUCUACAAGCAUGGAGAAGCUGCGUAAUGUCUCUCAAGGAAUUGUCGUCGAUUUCAGUACCCCGUUUUUGCUUGCAAGCUGAGCUCACAGCAUACGUGCUUACGGCUGUCGCGUAUAUGUACGUUUCGCGGACUCGUAUGGCAAUGUCCAGGUUCAGCUCGUCAAAGGCAUCUUUUACUUGUUCCCAAGGAAUCUCAAUUUGUCUACAAUUAUGUUCGGCAUCUUCACUUGCGCAAUUACCAUGCAGGACCAAAGGCAUUAGUUGGACUGCUGCGGCUUCAAUUCUGGGUCAUAAACGCAAGAGCUUUAACAAGCAGCAUUGUUCGUUCUUGUGUACACUGUGUCAGAUAUGGUCCAGUUCUACUUCGUCAAGUCAUGGGUUCCCUACCACCAGAGCGCUUAUCCACAGACAAGCCAUUUCGCCGUUGGAGUCGACUUCUGCGGUCCAGUUUACACCUAUCUUCGAAUACGUGGCAAGGGUCCCACAAAAUCCCAUAACGCCAUAUAUGUCUGCAUGGCCGUAAAGGCCGUUCACAUUGAAAUCGUGUCAGAUCUUUCAACGAAUAAGUUUUUGGAAUCGUUGAAACGCAUGGUUGCCCGUCGUGGACCAGUAUCGCACAUCUAUUGUGACAACGCCACAAAUUUUGUCGGAGCAUCCAACAAGCUACUCGAGUUAAAGAAGUUCAUGUUCAACACUAGCACUCAAGAUGCUGUCCUAUCAUAUUGUUCCUCUGAAGAGACAACCUUUCAUUUCAUUCUACCUAGGGCUCCACACUUUGGCGGUCUUUGGGAGGCCGCUGUCAAGAGCGCAAAGAGUCUGCUGGUGUGUACCCUCGCUUACACCCGGUUCACCUUUGAGGAACUGAACACCGCAGUCGUUGAGAUAGAAGCAGUACUCAACUCUCGCCCGCUGUAUUCUGAUCCCAACGAUUUCAGGGCUCUCACUGCAGGAUACUUUCUAAAUGGAGAUGCACCGCGCGCUUUACCCGAGCGUGAGAUUAUCACCAACAACAUCUCCAACUUGGAUCGUUACGAGCAGAUCACAGCUGUUAAACAGCAAUUCUGGCGUCGUUGGUCUGCGGAGUAUGCGAACGAGCUUCGAGCCAGGACAAAAUGGACUUCAGCUUCCCCAAAUCUCACAGUUGACUCUAUGGUCAUCAUACAUGAGGACAACACACCGCCAUUACACUGGAAAUUAGGGCGUGUUGAGUCUGUUGUGAGUGGCAAAGAUGACCGGGUCCGUGUCGCAUAUAUUCGCACUGCCACUGGACUCUGUUGCUGGCCAGUACAUUAGCUGGCUGUUCUACCUGUCGCUAAAAAGAUAAUUCAUGUUCGGUCAUAUAGCUCAUAUAUACAUUAGUCAGGGUAUCAAUAGCAAUGUCAAAGCAGAUUAUGUUAAGAUUAUGCUAAUUCUCUUCUAUUUGAAUGUCAUAAGCACACAUACACAUGUACGAAGCCUCGCUCUCUUGCGAACUCUGUAAUUGCUCGGUCCCUUUAAUCUUAAUUUAUGUUAAGAAAUCAGUUCUGUAAGCAUCAUCAUAGAAGUCAUUCGUGUUGCUCAUCAAUUUGUAAAACCUUUAUUAAAACUGCAUACCAUCCACA